AUGUCGUACCCUGUGGUUGUGAUCGACAAUGGGACGGGGUACACCAAGAUGGGCUACGCCGGGAACGAGGAGCCCACCUACAUUAUUCCCUCCCUCUACGCCGACAAUGCCACGGCGCGGCGUCGCUCCAACGACGUCUUUGAGGACCUUGACUUUUACAUCGGUGAAGAAGCUGCCGCGCGUGCGGGCUCCUGCACCGUAUCGUACCCCAUUAAACACGGCAUUGUAGAAGACUGGGAUAAGAUGGAGCGCAUCUGGCAACACUGCAUCUACAAGUACUUGCACGUGGAACCGGAGGAGCACGGCUUCAUCCUCACUGAGCCACCGGCAAACCCGCCGGAGAACCGGGAGUACGCGGCAGAGGUGAUGUUUGAAACCUUCGGUGUGAAGCAGUUGCACAUCGCCGUGCAAGGCGCCCUCGCGUUACGGGCGUCAUGGACAUCGGGGAAGGCGCAAGAGCUUGGCGUCUCUGGAAAAGACACUGGCCUUGUGAUUGAUUCCGGUGCCGGCGUCACACACAUCAUGCCUAUCGUGGAUGGCUUUGUGCUCAACCAGGCAAUCCAUCACAUUCCGCUAGCAGGUCGUGAUAUCACAAACUUUGUCCUCGAGCGACUACGUGAGCGGGGCGAGCCCGUGCCACCCGAUGAUGCCCUGCUGCUUGCGCAGCGCAUCAAGGAGCAGUACUGCUACAUAGCCCGUGACAUCGCCAGGGAGUUUGACACGUACGACCGGGAUCUUCCCAAGUACGUCACGAAGCACCGCGAUGUGAAUAGCAAGACAGGGCAGCCGUACACCGUGGAUGUUGGCUACGAAAAGUUUUUGGGCCCCGAGAUGUUUUUUCACCCGGAGAUUUUUAGCAGCGAGUGGACAACGCCGUUGCCGGAGGUUGUCGACAAGGCGGUGUGGUCGUGCCCCAUUGACUGCCGACGCCCGCUCUACCGCAACAUUGUGCUGUCGGGUGGCAACACAAUGUUUCCAAAGUUUGAUAAACGGCUGCAGAAGGACCUGCGCGUCAUCGUUGACCGACGAGCGAAGAAAAACAUGGCGGCGUUCAGAGACCCAACGCGACACAUCACGUAUGACGUGAACGUCGUGUCACACGAGCGACAGCGGUAUGCAGUGUGGUACGGCGGCAGCAUGCUGGGAUCGAGUCCAGAGUUUGCCACUUUGGCGAAGACGAAGGAAGAAUACGAGGAGUAUGGGCCGUACAUUUGCCGGCAGAACAACAUGUUUCACUCCGUCUUUGAGUAA